CUUAAAAUCCGGUGCCAUCUGGUUGGCCGCGACCUCCGGUCUUCAGGAUUCUUGAUCUCUCGCCGCCCUCGUCCGUCUCGGGACAACGUCGACCAACAUCUCCUUGAUAUAUCACACGACCGACCUCCCGGCUUUCUCAACGCGAUCCCAAUAACUCGUGUUUUGUCGACGACAUCACUCUCCUUCCUGCGCCCCAGUUAACGACACCUACCUUUCACCAUGUCCCACACCUCCCGAGCUUCCGGGUCUUCCCUUCUUCACCUCUAUCGACCUCUCCAGCUCAAUGAUGCCCCGGCCCACGACAGCGGUAUCCACGACGAUGAUGGACUGUCCACAUCCUCUGGAUCUAUUAGUUGGCCUAGCAUGAAGCUUGACAUGAGCGCCGCGACCCACAUCAAGCCCCCAAUGGUUCGCAGAGAGACAUCUGACAGCUCCACUUCCGAGUCGUCAAGCUCCAGCACCGAUGCUUUUGAAGGGUGUUUGGACUUGUUGCGCUCCAUCAAAGGAACCACCCCCAGCGCCAAGCCAAAGGAUGCAUGGCAGCCUGAUCAAGACACUGUGCUUUGUAACAACUCGCAGUGUUCGGCUAUGUUUGGGCAGGGAAAGCUGUCCCUGGGUCCUCGACGCCACCAUUGCAGAUACUGCGGGAUGAUCUUCUGCGGGUCUCAUUCUACUCGUCGCUGGCCUCUCCAGACACUGGAUGGCAACAACCGCCCAGCGUUGCUUGCUUUGCGUGUCUGCGAUGGGUGCUACUCGGCCCUCGCUGAGGAUGAGCCUUCCCCGGCUUGCGUGGCUACCACCUCGGCCAGCUCUGCGUCGUUACCCACAGAGGACCUCCUCCUUUCUGAGGCGUACGGAGUCUGUGGUGCAGCAAGCAUUGGCCGAUCCCUAUCGUCUUCGGCAGUGGAUGGGCUGCAGCCCCGAUUGGCACCCAUUGCGGAUUGGAUGGACCGAUCCGGUGUCCUCAGUCUGUAUCCCCUCGCCAUUCAAUCGUCGCACUCGAGGACUGGAUCACCUGUCGCUCCUCGCUCGGCCGGCCCGCUGUUUGCCCCAACUGUCCUCUGCCGUAGGACUGCGAAGGAGAGGGAGUGGGAACGGAUGACUUUGCGCCGACGACGCAAGGAAGUGAGCAAGGCGGCUUUCAUCGCUACCCCAGCUGGCAGCGAGGCUGGGUCCGACUACGAAGACGACCUCGAUACCCCUCUCGCACGGGAGACGGGUGACACGAUUUUCCGCCUUGGUGCGCACCCAAGGGACCGCAAGAAGGCUGCUAUGGAUGUACCCAACGGACCAGCCGAUUGGUCGACAUUCUAAGCCACACCUAGAAGACUCUGUUUCACCAUAAUGUGUUCAUUAUCAUCAGUUGUAGUUCUGUAUAUGUUGUUGACCUUAACCAUGUGACAACAUUCAUGUGAUAACGUUCGUUCA